CAAUUUUUCACUGUAUGGUGAAAUUAUGUGACGUUCAUUUAAAAUAAAAAUACGGUUACAUGGUUACUUAAAAAAAAAUAUAUAAUUUGCUAGCGUUACCUAUUGCAUAGACCACUAGCACAUGCAUAAUGGUGCACACGGUUAUUUAAUCUAAUGUAAUUCAAUUCAAGUAGAUCGGAUUGACUGUGAAAUCGGAUUUACUGUGAAAUCGCAUCUGAUACUGAAUUUGAAGAGAUAUUUGUCCCCCUUGUGAUGCUGCCGCUUAAAGAUAAAGACCGUCCAGUCAUCAGGAAGCUGUUGGCUGCGGGAUGCUGUGGAAGAUGCGUCCUCAGGUUCUGUUGUGUAGGAAAGUAUUCGUCGUAUCAGCCCUGCUGUGAGGACAUACGUAAAGAGCUCUUGGCGUUCCUCAGUGAGGAGGAUGGUGAGCGAUCUCAGGAUGCACAGACGGAGGAUCCACCGUGUAAGAAAUUGAAGACGGAGCCGUCGUCUGAAGAGGACGCGGGCACGGAGGAUGCGUCAGGGGUGUGUGUGGCGUGUGUCGGGGUGCUGCAGCAUUUCUGCGAUCAGAGCUAUGCCAAACAGGUGUCUGAGGUUGUGAAGAAACAUGAGUACCAUUUUGACAGUCUGAUGCUGGCCGUCUCUGUUCCUGCUCAGCUGUCCGUCAGAGAGCAUUCCUGCUGGUUGCACAUCAAGAAGGAAAUCAGGGAGAAGAGCAUGUGUCUGGAUAAAGAGGACGUGGUUCAGGUGAAGGACGCCUUCAAAUGGGCCAUACAGGGACUUGUGGGAAAAGAACUGGGAGCAUCGGUUCUCACUAAUAGUGCAUUCGAGGUCAGCGUCGGGUUUGCGCAUCCAGAAACAGACGGAGACUGCCACUUCCUGGCUACGGAGUGUCCGGAUUGCUUCAAGCCGACGAAGAACAAAGCGUCCGUGUUUACUAGGAUGGCGGUGGUGAAGGCGCUGGAGAAGAUCUCAGAUGCGAAGUUCCUCAGACAUUACCCGUGUCCACCUGUCUCCCCGUCUAGCCGGUGCACUCCGCGUGAGACCACGUGCCUGCACGCGUCUGUAUUUAUAGCAGGGAGGUAUAAUAAGUUCUCCCGAGAGCUUCCUCAGACCCCCUGGGUGAUCGAUGGAGAAAGGCGUAUGGAAGGAUCGGUGGAGGAGCUGAUUGCCAAUCCGCUGCUCUCCGCCUUCAAGGCAGACGGGUUCAACUUCUGCUCAUCCGGGAGAGAAGACGUGGACGUACGGACUUUAGGGAACGGACGUCCGUUUGCCAUCGAGCUCCUGAAUCCACACCGUGCGAAGUUCAACAAAGCCGAAAUCAGACAGCUUCAGGAGACCAUCAACACGUCCUCAGACAAAAUCCGAGUUCGAGACCUGCAGAUCGUAUCCAGAGACGCUACAAGUCGUAUGAAAGAAGGAGAAGAGGAAAAAACCAAGUCGUACAGCGCCCUCAUCUGGACGCAAAAGCCCAUUACUCCGGCCGAUCUGGACUUUUUUGAAAACGUCAAGGAGCUGCAAAUCGAUCAGAAGACCCCACUUCGUGUCCUCCAUCGGAGGCCACUUGCUGUCAGACAAAGACUCAUCCACUCCAUGAGCGCGAGCUACCUGGAUGUGCACCACUUUACCCUGCAGCUGCGCACACAGGCUGGGACCUACAUUAAAGAGUUUGUGCACGGAGACUUCGGCCGGACGAAGCCCAACCUCGGGGCCCUCAUGGAGACAGAGGUGGACAUUCUGGAGCUGGACGUGGAGUCAGUGGAUGUGGACUGGCCUCCUUCUGUACCGGAGUGAGCGACUGAAACCCAUCCUGAGGAAACUAUCAAAGCAGCGCUCUGGAAGAACGAGCUCAGUGCGAAGUUGAUGAUGUCACCACAUGAUGUCAUCCUUCUUUGUAAUGUGUUGCUUCUGAAAUUGAAACAUGAUCCUGACUCUCAUGAUGUCGUGUAUAUUUUCUGUUAAUAAAACAGCAAAACACACAA